AUGACGGACACGACCGCCUCGUCGCUGGCGUCGCUCUCGCUGCCAGCUCCAGCCCCCGACGCGCUCCACCUACGCGUCAAGACGCUCGACGACCGCGUCUUCCCCGUCGUGGCCGCUCGGUCCAUGUCCGUCUCGGACUUCCGCCUCGAAGUCGCGCGUCUCACGUCCGUCGCGGUCGCUCGCCAGCGGCUCAUUUACCGCGGCAAGUUGCUCAAAGACGGCGUCACGCUCGCGGCCUACGACGUCCAGGACGGCCACACGGUUCAACUGGUUGCUAAGCCAGCACUUGGGGGCAGCUCCCCGGUGGCUGCCGCGCCCGCACUCGACGCCCUCCGACCUCCAGUUGACGGACCCGCGUGGAACUUGGCGACGCUCCGGUCGGCGUUGCGACGCACAGGGCGUGUCGACAACUCGGUGCGACAUGAAGCUGGAGACGAGACGGAGCAGAGCGUGGACUUGGAGCCUGUGGCUCAGAGUCUGAUGACCGUCCGGACGGUGCUUUCCACUGCUCUUUUUGAGCCAAGAACAAGGACGACCAUGACGACGGAUGGACGUGGAACGAGGCGGUUUUUCGUCGGGCAGUGGCUCGAUGUCAAGGAUACUGUGAACCAGUGGCUGGAGAGUACAGUCCUGGCGCUGGCGGAUGGGAAGGUGCUGGUUCAUUAUCAUGGCUGGCCCACGAGAUGGGACGAGUGGAUUGACGUGAACUCGGAUCGGUUGGCAGCGUUUCGGACUCGGACGCUGCAUGCCCGCAACGGGGUGCAGAUGUCGCCCAUUCCGACGACACGGGUACCUAGUGCACCGCAAGUGGGUGGCUCGGACGUGCGGCGCACUAUUGUCGACGUCCGCAACGUCAUGCGUGAGAUGAUGCCGUACAUUGACCGGCUUGCAGAUUUAUGUGAAGAGGAACUGAUGCAGGCGACGCGAGUGCAGGAGGUGGAGGUGGAGGAGGUAGACGGUACUGAAAAUGAUGUGCAGCACGAGACUGUGGAUUCGAGUUUGACAGAAGACGACGGACAAGCGCGGGAGAAUGCAGUGUCGGAGGCAGCGCACUUGGUAGCCCCUCUUUUCGAUCGAUUUGGACGGCUGUUGAUGGAUUCAGUGCAGUUGUUGGACCCGUUGUUGCGCCCAGAGCUGCGAGGCACGUCGGAGCGGCAACAAGAGCGUCGUGCGAUUGCUUUACGUCGCAGUCGCGGAGACUUGGCGCCACGACAGAAUGAAAGUGUUUCGGCAUCGAUGGAAGCGCAUGACAAUACGCUUUCGAUUCGUGAUUUGAUUGCUACAUCGACUAGUGCGGGAAGUGAGGUGAACCAGCCGAGACGUAGUAUUGAUGUACAUAUCCACGCGAUCGUAGCACCGGUAUCCCUAUCGUCGCUUGCUUCGCUGACUCGCAGCAGCAACGACGCAGGCACGACGUCUGACUCGAGCAGUCUAUCUCGAAGCGCUCCGGCGCCUUCUUUGCCGCAUAUUGGUCGAUCUUUUGGCACGAACGAUUCUGUCAACGGUACACGAAAUGCUGGUACGCAUGCUAGCGAUGAUGAGAGUGACCAGAGCCGAGUCCCGCUGCUUGGAUCGUAUCGCCAUCGCAGUCAAUUACAAGUAAACGACCAUAGCGAGCAGCAGCAGCGUUCUGUAGCGCGUGAUCUGGACGAAUUCCUGUCGAAUGAUUUUUUCGGGACCUCGUUUGGCAACAAUGAUGACAACAGCGACAACGGUUCGAGUAUCAGCUACGCGCAUUCCGAUAACAUGGAGUCAGGUCGGUCGGCUUACCGCCCUCCUUCGCCCCUGGAAAGAACGCCUUCACCACGCACGCCUAGAAAUGAUGACAGUUCUGAAGAUCGAAGGGACAUGGCUGGUGGGGACUUGGAAGAGCGACUGCGAGCGCGAUCGUCCGAAACACCCCGUGAAAGCAAUGAGGACAGUCACGGCGGAGGUAACGACCGAGCACGGCGGGCAUCUGCAGGCUCAUCUUCCUCGACGUUGUCAGCGGGUUUUCCUACUUUUUUGGAUGUGGUGCGCAGAACGCUUAGUGGAGUUCGGAGCUUUGUGCAGAGUGAAUCCAGCAGCAGUCCAGAGAAUGCGAGCAACUCUCAAGAUGGAGUUUUGGGCUAUUCGCUGCCAUCCUCCUCAUCGUCACCGUCGUCGUCAUCUUCAUUAUCUACCCCUCUAGAGUCUCCAGUCGUUCACUCCUCGAGCGAGAUCAUCACCACCAGUUACCAUCGCCGCUCUAGCGAGAGUAGGACCGAUGAGGAGUUGGAUCUGGAUGAAGUGGAUUAA